CUUUAUUGCUAAAAAAAUGUAACCAUCAUCUGACCCUUCAGAAAAUCAAACAUAGUAUCUGAAAAGUGCAAUAAAUGCGGCGUGCCUGUCUCCAUAAUUCCACGAAAGCCCCAGGGGAAACCAGGACAUAGGGUCACUGGGCAUGUCCACCCAAAGACCAUGUCAGGGCACGGGGCCUGGGAGCUGUCCAGGCAGAGCUGGAGAUAAAGGAAGUCUAGCAGGCCCUGCCUUAUCUGCUGAUUUUCCAGAACCUUCCGCCUUUCAGUCACACCACCCUCCCUGCAUAAGUGCCAACCCUCUGGGCUCAGGCUUUCACAGCCUUUUUGCAUGUAAAGUAGACUCCGGGGACAGGGAGGACUUUGGGGUUGAGGUGAUCAAAGGUGUACAGGGUUAUCGACCAGGUACACAAGGUACUGGCCUGAUGCUGAAAUCUUAGACCAUUAGACUUGGGGCAUCACACACACCCAAAGCUCCUCUUGCUGACCUCGGUUAAAUAGCCUAGACUGGCCCACCGGGCCAGCAGCCCCACCUCUUCACAGACAACUCGGUCAGAGCUGCGCAGUGCCAGGCGCCCACCAGCGCGGGGAGUGUGGCAUCUCGGAGGCUCUUUCCAGCUCUGGAUCUUCCUGGGUCUUUCUGGAUCAGAUGAGUUCGGAGGCUGUGACAAGGCAAGUUGAAGGGGAGCUGUGGAACGGGCCCAGCGUUUCUAACCGGGACUCUCAGUCUCUGUACUCAUGUUCCCAAGGAGGGGGUCCUGGGACCUCUGGGGGUUUGCAGGGGAAGUGAGUGAGCCUGACAGCCAGGCCAAUGCAGAGGCGGGAAGUCUGGGUGUACACGUCAGGAAGAUAAAAUUCUUGGAGGCAGGAAAAGGGGAAAUCCAUCUGUAAAGGAACCAGGGGGGACUUCAGGGGGCUCCGGAUAUCAAGUACACUGUGAAGGCCAAGAUGGGUCCAGGGGAGCUUAAAGGGUGACUCGGGGACUCCCUCGGGGAGGCUCAGGGCCAGGUCCCCCAGGGCUGUGAAACCUGCUGGUUACCUUUUUAAAUGACCACUUCCUCUCCCCUCCCCUGGGCCUGAGCCACGAGCCACUUCCGCUCCCCCUGCAGCCUCCCUGCUACUUGUGGCCUCUGAAAACAGGCCUCCAUGGGGGGAGGGGGGCUCCCGCCUUCACCGUGUGGGCAGGGACACUGGCCACAGGGAGUGAAGGGGGAAGGGAACUCGGGAGCUGUGCACCCUCCGAUAUCCUGAGCCCCUCAAGCCUGGGCAGAACUGUGUGUGGCCACAGGAGGGCGGCUGGAGGCUCAGGAGAGGUUUCCCUGCCAGACGCGGUUCCAGUCCGCCCAGCUGUCCUGGCUCCUGGUCUGCUCCCUCCUGCUCCAACCAGGAUGCUCUGUCUUUUCUGCUCCCACCUCCUCUGUGGUCACUGGGCCAGACAGCAGAGGGUGAGGGCAGUGGAGUAGGUUGGAAAUACUGGCUCUAGGGCACUAGUCCGUACCUCCGGCCUUGCUGACCAUGCAUGGGAUGGCCAACGUGAACUCGGCCAGCCGCCCGCACUACGCCUCCUCCAUCCCUGUGCCCCGAGCUGCUUCCCAGACCCGCAUCCACACCCCGGGCGCCUCUCCUCAGCUGCGGCCUCGCCAGGCUGGCCUGGCCCUGAGCCCGCAGCGAGCAGCCUCCCCGAGGCCCGGCCGGGCUGCCGGCCACCCCAGGGGCGCCUCUCCUAAGGCCUCCCAGGGGAGAGGCUCCCCGAAGCCCUCUGGGGCGGCAAGAGAGUCGGCAGAGGGUGCUGAGAGCGUCUCCGGCUCCCCGUGGAGCAGUCCCAGAGUGACCCCCAAAGCGGCCCCGUCCAACCAGGCUGGUCCCAGAAGAGCUGGGGAGACACAGGGCUCCCAGGGCCGGAAGAAGGUGGCCCGGGAAGGGAUUCCAGUCCGCCAGACCCGGGGCAGGAGCCCAGCCCGAACGAACCCUCGUGGAGAAACCCAAAUACCAGGGACUCCUGAAGGUCAAAAGCCUCCUAACUGCCCUGGGAAAGAUCAAAGAGACAGAAACUACAGAAGUUCUGGGGUCCCCAGGUCUUCAGAGCUCGAGGCCGGGGCGGCCUCAGGGGCCUCCUCUCCAGUCCGCAGCCCCGUGCAGAGCAGCCGCCUCUCGCCAGCCCCGGGGGCCAUCAGCUUCUCCUCCGGCCAUCAGCAGAGCCCUCCCAUCACAGCUACGGUGGCACCUUUCCAGUACCGCAGGUUGCAGACCGACCAUGAACCCGGCCCCGGCUCCCAGGGCAGCUGGACCUCGGAUGGGUGCUCCACCCCCCCUGGCGGGACUGAGGACGAUGACUCCUGCAUGGAUUCCCGAGGGCCCGCUGUGUGCGAAGAGCUGUGAUGGGUUUUGAGAGAAAGCCCGUGACCAG